UGAGGGUGGGUUUCAGCCUCGAGGCUGUGAGGGGGGCCAUGGCAGAGGCUGAGGGUCCCUGGCGGCUGCUGGAGGUGUGCGAGCAGAGGUUCUCCCAGUUCCUCCACAAUGCCCAGCACAAGCACCUGGCCUGGCUGCGGGAGGUGGAGGAGCAGGGCAGGAGGCUGCUGGAGAGCAACUUCUGGGCUGAGCCUGGGUUAAUGCCCAAGAAGCCGUCGCAGCGGAGACGCCCCAAGAAGCGGCAGUCCUCGUUGCUGAGAGAUGAGAGCGAGCCAACCAGGAGGAGGUUGUCCAGAAGGAGAAGCAGUGUCAAACUAGUAUCUUCCAAGCCAGGUUCCCAAAGACACCACAGCAAAGAGCAGCCCCAGAACCUCAGUGAGCAGGGGGAAGAGGUCUCUGUGCCCGACUGUGCAGCAAAGCCUCAGCUCAGUGUUAAAACUGAGCUUCCAGCACCACCUGGGAAGGAGCCUGCAGAAGCACAAGGUCCUGUGGCAGAAGCGGGUUGUGAUGAUGGUCCUCAGGCUGAGCUGUCCCCAGAGGGAGACGGUGCUGAUGGUGGUGGUGCAGCCCUUAAAACCAGGGAGCAGGUGCCCGAGGGGGAUGCAGCUACUGAACGGCACGAUGUGCCUGCUGUCUCUGUGAUCCCUGGUGAGCAGACAGCAAGGGAGGGGGAAGAGGUCCCCCAAAGAAGAUCAAGUACCCCCAUGAUGGAGGCUGCUAGAAAAAGAGAUUCUGCCAUACUCCAAGUAGAUCUGUCUCCUCAAGACCUCGAAAAGGUGCUUCUCCCGGACCCCAACAGCAAAAGGACUACAACAAAAUCCAAAGCGCACCGUUGCUCUGGACGCCAAAGCUGUGUGGGUGGCCCCCACAAAAACCGUAGGACUUCCUUGUCAGAUAAAUAUUCGCUGGCCAGCAGAAGAGAGAACAUGAUUCAGAAGUCCAUCAGCAGGGCCAUCUCAAAGAAGGCAGCAGCAGCACGAGAAUCAUCCUCUGCCUCCAGCAGAGUGAGCUGUCAAAGCUCCUUGGAGGUUUUUGUGGAAGAUGUGACCAGCAACAUGAGAUCUGGACCGGAACUGAACUCCCAAAGUGAAAAGGUUCCCGAAAACUUGCUCACUUCAAGCAGAACUGUAGAAGCUGCCAGCCCUUCUGCCCAGUGCUCAUCUCCUCCUGAACAGCAGGCAGGGAGUAAUGAAGGCAGCUGUGUAAAUCCAAACAGUGAACCCCAGAACAUGAACCAGGAACAAGCCCACGGUGCCAAGUCCCAGGAGAGUCCUUCAUGCAUCUGGACAAGGAGCUGUAAACAAAGAAUGGGUGUUGUACGGAAUGGGCAGCAGCCAGGAGGUCGUGCCCCUUUGGAAGACAAGCAUGUCAAUUCUACCAACCAGGCUCCGCAUUCUGCCUCUCCAGCUAGUAAGGUUGUCAGACCACUGAAAAACUUCCUGCAGGCAGUGCAGAGAAGCCAGCUACUCGCAAGCCCUGGGCCUACAGGACGUGGGAGUGUGAUAAAGAACUUAAUCAAACACAACACUCCCACCCGACCUGAUCCUAAGGGAGACUUUGUUAAGAAGGAGCGACAGAGACUGGAAAGCCUGAGGAAGAAGCAGGAGGCUGAGGAACAAAGGAGAAAGAAAGUGGAGGAGGAAAAGAGACGGCGGCAGGCAGAAAUGAAGCAAAAGAGGGAAGAGCGUCUGAGGAAGGCACUUCAGGCUCGAGAGCGGGUGGAACAACUGGAAGAAGAGAAGAAGAAGAAGCGAAUGCAACAGAAGACAUCACAGAAUGAUGAGAAGGUGCGCCUUUCACAAGUGAGGGAAGAGAGAUUGUCAGAGGAAUGGAGCAAGAAAAAACUGUCAAAGAAACCUGGAGAAACUGAUGCACGGAAACAGAAAACGCUGAAGGUGGAGGAAGAUGAAUCUGAGCAGCAUGAACUACUGCAGAAAAGGAGAGAAGAUAAAGCGAAAGAAAAAGGAAAGAAAGCUUUGGAACUGAAAAAUCUUGCAGAGCAGCGACAGGUGGAGCAAGUAAAGGAGAGGGAUCUCAAACAGCAGGAGGGAGAGAAGUCCCCACAACAUCAGCUGGAUACAGUGGUGUUUACUGAAAAAUGCAUAAAGGAAGAAGAUGAUCUGGAGGAGCCCUGGCAGCAGCUGGCAGAGGAGAAGAAAAUCAAGCAACCAGAAUCAUCCUCUGCUGCCUCCAACAUGUGUCUGAGCAAAACCAUAAAGAAAUCUAUCUCCACAUCCUGCUUAAAGCCCCCAAAGAGCACAAAGAUAUUCAGGUCCCCCAAGGUAAAUGAAAAUAACUAUGGGAUGGAUCUGAACAGCGAUGAUUCCACAGAUGAUGAGAGCGCGCCUCGGAAGCCUGUCCCUGCCUGGGCUGAUGGGUCUCAGCUUAAUCAAGCCAUUCUCCACCAAUACUAUCACCCAGUAGAUGUUGACGAGCUCUUUGGAUUAAUUGCAAGCCCUAAGCUGGAGGAUAUUUUUGGCAAGAGCAAGCCUCGAUACUUCAAACGCACAAGCUCAGCAGUUUGGCAUUCCCCACCUGGGACCAAGUCUGCUUGUGGCCCCACCUGCAACUUCAAGAACUGAGGAAAAUGCAAAGAAAUGUGUUUUCUUGAUUAGUGUGACAUAAGGUUGUGUGUUUUUAGCAUACAUAAUAUUUACAGUUUUAAACCUUUUUUGUAUAAAAUAUUAAAGUUCUGUUGCAUUAAA